AUGGAGUUUCUUACUUCACACUAUCCAGAGCGGCAAACUCUUAGUUAUGCAUUGGCUCAAUCCGAACUUCCAAAGCUGAUCACUGCCAAGACCGUUGCAUCAACGGUAGGCGAUGUUGAAGAUGGGCCAAACCUUCUUGACACGGAUUCUCGAGCAUUUGCCACUUUCAGGCGGAGUUGCCCUGAAGAUCCUGAGCCCUCAGUGAUUUUGGACUUUGGCACUGCCGUGGCUGGAAUACCGUCGAUGCGAGUACAUGAAGUCGACGCCGAGGGACUGGGGAGUUCAUUGCAUGCCAUUGAUCUGGCCUUCUCCGAGGGCUUCAAUGGAAUCACAGACGCAGAUGGCGAUGGGCCGUUCUCAUUUUCUCCGGGCGCAGACACGAGGCGUCGAGUAAGAGUCCGAGUCUCCCAUCCCGGGUACUAUCAAACGAACCAUGUCCAAGGGUCUCAGCGAUGGCUCAAGUUGACGUUGAAAACUCCUGGCCCUGUAACGGUCAAAAUCUCUUUUGUCGGCGUCCUCUCAACCACCUCUACGACCCCAUUGAAUGAGCUCCCCGGCCACUUUGCCUGCUCCGAUGGCUUCCUUUCUCGCAUCUGGGAGUAUGGCGCACGAACUAUCCAGCUCAAUUCGAUUGCCACCCGAACGGUUCCACCCCCCUGGCAGAUCUCCGAGGAUAUGGGAGUUUUUAUUGAUUCGCAGAGUGCCAUGGUUGUUGACGGAGGUUUGGCGUGGACAGUUCGCACACCGCCAGCAGCACCUGGCCUUCUCUUCCAGCUGAACAUUGACGAAGGUGGGAAUGCCGUGCUGCAGCAGUGGUUCGGGUACUAUAACAAAGGCCAAAAGACGCUCGAUUCGACUUUUGUUGCCGAAGUGGCCAUCGAUGAGAUGAACAUCCGUUCCAAGCACUGGUACUUGAUCGAGACCAUUUGCGACGGAAGUAAACCCAUCAAGAUCAGUAUCGAUGGAGUUAAAGUGGCGACUUUCUUGCAAGGGACCCUAGCAUCUGAGACCGUCUGGGAAUCCAAGGCCCAAGGUUUUCCGUAUUGCGCCCAAGGUUCCGUCGGGAUUGGAGCGGGCGUGGACCAACAGUGCCGAUUCAGAGAUCUUGUCGUCAAAGAUCUCCAAGGAAGUGUCAUGUACCAAUCCAGCCUGAACAACCCCUCUGUGCUGGCGGACUUUGGUAUCGGCUGGAAUCAAUACCCUUGGCUCUCUGAUGGAGCAAAGCGAGACCGAAUACCAUGGACAGCUGAUGUUCUUACAAGCGGUCGAUCCUUGUACUACUCCACCUAUGGAGUGGAAUAUGUCCGAGGCACCAUUGUUGCGGCAAUGCAGCGCGAGGCAGAUUCCAGUUUGUUGGCUGGAGCUUGUCCCAGCGGCAUGGAUUUGACUAGAGAUGGUGUGGAUGGUUUAUUCACAGAGCUUACCGUCAACUAUUCCUUCUAUCUCAUUGUUGUUGUCUUUGACCAUUGGAUGUAUACGGGAGAUGACUCAGUUCUCCGAAUAAGUAUGGGAAAGAUCGAGGCUUUUCUGGACAGUCUAGAUUCCAAGACCAAUAGCCAGGGUCUUUUGUCAGUGGAGGGGUCUGACGCCCUCGACUUUGACUACUACAACAAGGUUCAGGAAGGAGUUUCGACGAAACGUAACGCAUUGUACGUUGCGGUCCUGAGAGCAGUAGCUCGCAUGCUUGAUGCGAGAGGUCCAACGCAAAAUCUUACGAGGCGCGACUCAUAUCUAUCCAAGGCUGAAAAGGUCACAGCAGCAAUCCGAAGCUGUUGUUUUGACUCCGAAGCAGGCCACUACAGAAUCGCUGACAAAUGGUCUGGGUUUCAACAAGAAGCGCAUGCAUGGCUUGUCUUGCAAGACAUUGCAACAUCGGAACAGCUUUCGCAGAUCUGGCAAAAGUUCAGAUCGCUAGGCGAUGCAAGCAAGGGUGGUUCGCCAACAUCUUUCGCGCCAGGCACGGAGGGUGUUACCCCUGUUGUAUCGCCAAUCAUGUCAGCACUUCACUUCGAGGCUGCUGUUCAUGCUAGUCAUUAUGAGCAUGCGGGAGCGGUUCUACGAAGAGUAUGGGGACCCAUGGCAGAUAUGUCUGACCCAAACUUCACGGGCACAACCUGGGAGUUUAUGAGUGUGGACGGCACACCCUACAGAGGCAACUUCUGUUCACUUGCCCAAGCAUUUAGCUCCGGCCCGACAUAUCUCCUACCCCGGUUUGUUUUAGGUGUCGAGCCCAUCGAGCCAGGUUUCCGAGCUUUUCGAGUCUAG